AUGGUUGGCAGUCCGACGCCGGUUCUCGCCAAGCUGCUGCCAACGGCCGGCGGGCUGAAGGGCGGCGGGUCCAGCGGAGAUGAGUUCGAGAAGCUUCGGAGCAACUCGUUCGUGCAGCGGUCCGCUCGAACGAUGUGGUGGCUGCAAGCGUCGUGUCUCAGCCUCUUCGUUUUCGUCAUGGCGAUCGGCAUCCUGACGCGUUCGCCGCCGCAAACGGCGGGGAUGCUGGAUGCUGAGCUUCCAACGUGGGGAAGCCCGGCUUGGGAAGACCAGGUGCGGUUGUCGGCGACACCGAGGGCUGGCGGAAUGGUUGUGCUGGUAACCGGCGCAGCUGGCUUCGUUGCUUCGCAUACGUCUCUCGCGCUGAAGGAACGCGGCGAUGGUGUGGUGGGGAUUGAUAAUUUUAACGAUUACUACCCGCCCGCGCUCAAGCGUGCUCGGCAGCAACGACUCGAGAGCAAGGGAGUGUUCAUCGUCGACGGCGACAUUAACGACGCGGCGGUACUCGCGAAGCUGUUCGAGCUCGUGAAAUUCACGCACGUGCUGCAGCUCGCGGCGCAAGCUGGUGUUCGUUACGCCGUUCACAACCCUCUCGCGUACGUUCACAGCAACGUCGCGGGUUUCGUCACGCUUCUCGAGCAGGCCAAGAGUGCCGAUCCGCCCCCCGCUAUAGUGUACGCGUCGUCCAGCAGCGUGUACGGGCUGAAUUCGAAGGUUCCGUUUUCGGAGGACGACCGCACGGACCGACCUGCGAGCCUGUACGCUGCGACUAAGAAAGCCGACGAGGUACUUGGGCACACGUAUAAUCACAUCUACGGGCUCUCGAUCACGGCGCUCCGGUUCUUCACGGUGUACGGCCCGUGGGGUCGCCCCGACAUGGCCUACUUCGCGUUCGCGCGAAACAUCAUGCAGGGCAAGCCAAUCAAGGUGUUCCGCGGGCCCAAGGGCGAGGAGCUAGCUCGCGACUUCACGUACAUUGAUGACGUGGUGAAGGGGUGCCUGGGCGCGCUGGAUACGGCGGAGCCCAGCAUUGGCGCGCAGCAGGGGCAGAAGAAGAAGGGCAAGAAGCGCCGCGCGCAGUUCCGCGUGUUCAACCUCGGGAAUACCCAGCCAGUGAAAGUGGGCGAGUUUGUGGAAAUUCUGGAGAGGCAGCUUGGAGUGAAGGCUAUUCGCAAGGUUAUCCCCAUGCCUAGCACUGGAGAUGUCAUGUUCACGCAUGCCAACAUCACACGUGCGGCCCGCGAAUUCAGUUAUCAGCCAACAACGGACUUGGAAACAGGGCUGUCCAAGUUUGUGCAGUGGUACAAAUCAUACUAUCGAGAAGGAAGCGGCAACGAGCAUUCCUUGGAUGGUUACAAGCCGUAUUGA